UACUUGGCUUUAACUCAAAUGUCGUGCGUGUUUGAUUCCAUCUCAUGACACCGCAUUAGUUGAUGAGGAUCGAUUAGUCUCAUAUUCUAUGGAAACAUCAUGACUCCCAAUUCUACCAAGUGAGUCAUGCGUGACAAGGCCCUAACAAACCAGUUCACGCAGGAAAUAGUGUACAAUGGCUUUUUGUUACAGAUUUCGUCCUUGCGUUCCUAAUCAUGGAACUCUGCCAAUGUGUUGUAACAUUGCGGGUAUGGCAUCUAUUUUACCGAAGUCGCUUCAUUAGAUGGCUGGCGGUUACUGUUCUGAUCGCUUCUGCGGCAGGAGUUGUAACCGCAGGCGUCGCUGCGUUUGGGCAUAUUAAGACAGCCGUAUACGGAUUAUACAACCCGUUGACCCUAGAGGAGAACCCUGCGACAUUAUUUGUGAUAUACCUACCAGCUUUGGUUGUCCAUACGACCAUGAUAUCAUUGACGAUAUAUCGUUUUGGCAUUACCCCAACAGCCUUGCCGAGACGCGGGAUUGUCCACCGAUUCUUGAAAGAAGGAAUGUUUAUGUAUGUAUUUGCAGCCGGAACGCUACUGUACGAAAUUGUCGCUCUUUCUCUGACUCGACCAGGGGAGAUGUCUGUUUACUAUUCAGCUCUAGGGGGAGAGAUAGCAGUAGCAGCCACAGUCAUUUCCGUCUGUCGCGCGAUGCUAAGCAUCCGGUCCUUGGCUGCAACUUGCCACGUCGAUCCAGCAUGGUUACUCAAUCAUGCUGAACUCAGUCGCGUCCACUGGAGGAGAGGGACCAGUGAAGGAGAAAUUGUCGUUGAAGUCAACGAGAUGGAUGUGGUUCUUCCCUGCAGAUCGCUACCGUCAACUUCUGUGGAAAUGGAGUAUCCAGGGAAGGUGUAAAGACGAUUUUAGAUGUCUUAACAACCACGACUUUACUCCAAAUGUAAUAACUCAACUAAUAGGCACAUCAAUUUGCCUUGUGAAGUCUCACCUACUGAGUAGGUGGGCGAUUAGGCGCAGUAGUGUUGUAUGGGAUAGUGUAUAGUACAGUUCUAUACGAAACAAAGUUGUAGUUGUCCAUGCAGGUGCUGUCAAGUAUGAAUAAAAAUGCGUCCCGAAAUCCCCAUUCUUCGCAGCUACAAUAUCACGUCCUAAUCAGCCAUGACAUCAACAGAAACGAUGUUUUUGGCUUGUGUUGUCUGAAGCAAUUCUGUUAUACUCCUCAACACACUGCUGUGCUAGCAAAGCC